UGCUUUCCACCUGCCAAUGCCCAAGCAUCCGGCGCGACAAUGUCGGUAGUUUGUUGUUAACUGAAAUAAGUGCGCUAAUAGCGAAAAUGCGAGAUGACACUCGAAAUCAAUUAACAAGUGUCGGAUCAGAAGCAGUAACGAAUGCAUUCUACUGGUUCUACAGAUGCAUGUGGAAAAUAGGUGAUACGGUUUCACGUAGUUUUCAAUAUUAUAAAAAUGCCUUCUCUUGGCACAUUUACUCGAAAUAAUAUUUGAGCAAAGUUGAGAAAAUAUUAAUGACACUAAUUAGUGAUAAGAUAAAAGAAAAUAGUCCAUUGUUGUCCUGAUAAGAAAAACACCAAAAGGACAAAAUUAAUUAUACCUAUUAGAAUGGUAAACGAGAAGAGAUGAAACUUAAUUAGGCAACAGAAAAUCUUAUAAAAAGCGGCAGACUGCGGACAGUAAUCUGCGGCCAUCUAAAAGAUACAGUGGCUGUAUUAAACGAUAGCGCAUCGCGGAUUUUUCGCUAUCCAUAAAAAUUUAAACGGAAAUUGUCGUGUGCCAUGUGUGACUCUAAGUUCAGCGGCGGCCGUUAAAUAUUUUACACGAAAUAAACAAAAACAUUUAGCUCUGUGUUAAAAUGAAUUCAUCGACCGAUCCGACCCUUUCAGAUUUAAACACAAGUUAUACAAAUACACCGGAUGUAUACGCCACUAGUGUUAGCUUUGAUCCAUCCCCCGGAUUAGAGGAAGUGGGAGCCCACUAUGUCUGCGGAACCUUUAACUGCUCUCCAAAAGAGUUCGUGGCUUUUGUGCUUGGUCCACAGACCUUACCCCUUUACAAGGCCAUUUUGAUAACAAUUAUAUUUGGAGGCAUAUUUAUAACCGGGGUCGUUGGUAAUCUCUUAGUGUGCAUUGUGAUUAUUCGCCACUCGGCAAUGCACACUGCGACCAAUUACUAUCUCUUCAGCUUGGCUGUUUCUGAUCUGCUGUACCUAUUAUUCGGACUACCAACAGAAGUGUUUUUGUACUGGCAUCAGUACCCGGAUCUCUUUGGCAUGCCAUUUUGCAAAAUACGCGCAUUUAUUUCCGAGGCAUGCACUUAUGUCUCCGUGUUCACCAUCGUUGCAUUUUCCAUGGAGAGAUUCCUGGCGAUUUGCCAUCCAUUGCAUCUAUAUGCUAUGGUGGGCUUCAAGCGCGCGAUUCGGAUAAUAACAGCUCUAUGGAUUGCCAGUUUUAUAAGUGCCAUUCCAUUUGGACUGCUGUCGGAUAUUCAAUACCUUGACUACCCCGUAGAUCAUUCCCGCAUUGAGGAGUCGGCAUUCUGUUCCAUGCCGGACAAGAUUGUUAACGAAAUUCCAGUGUUUGAAGUAUCCUUUUGCAUAUUCUUUGUCAUCCCGAUGAUACUCAUCAUUAUACUCUACGGACGAAUGGGAGCCAAGAUUCGGUCUCGAACAAAUCAGAAAUUGGGUGUUCAACAUGGCACCAACAACAGAGAAACGAGAAACUCUCAAUUGCGGAAGAAGACGGUAAUUCGAAUGCUGGCCGCUGUGGUGAUAACAUUUUUCGUGUGCUGGUUUCCGUUCCACCUGCAAAGACUCAUUUACCUGUAUGCCAAGAACAUGGAUAACUUCUUGGAUAUAAACGAAGCACUCUUCUCGAUUGCGGGAUUCGCGUACUACGUUUCAUGCACCGUAAACCCAAUAGUUUACAGUGUGAUGUCACGUCGCUAUAGGGUUGCGUUCAGGGAACUCCUCUGCGGAAAAGCAGUGGGCGCUUAUUACAAUAGUGGAUUCGCGAGGGAUCACUCCAGUUUCCGGGAAAGCUCAGCCUACGACCGCGUUCAUUCCGUGCACGUCAGAGCCAGCCGACUCCCAAAUAAGUUCGAAACGGACUCCCAAUCUGCAAAUAGGGUGUUGAUAAAGAAAACCUACAGUCUCCCGCUACCAAAAAAUGCGGACUCUACAGUCCUGAGCACCACUGACAUUGUCAUCGUGCUGGAAAACAGCCACACAGUUUGCGAGGAGCCCAAAGUUGAGAAUGAUAUUUGGAUCGAAAACGAGGAGACUUGUAUUUAAGGAGGAGGCCAUUUCACCAUUUGUAGUUUAAGCCAAAGACGUCGAUUGAAAACUCGAGGUAACGAGCACAACUUUUUGUAGGACUAAUUUAAGAGCAAAGAUUUGUGUAUUUGGUUGAAUUUGUGACAUGACUAGGAGUCUGUCUAAGAUAUUUAAUUAUUUCCACUACAUCUCAUAUUACUGAAUAAACCAAAUGAGUUUUAUUAUUAA